UCAAAAAGACCUUGGGCCACUGGUGACCCCCUCCCUCCUUCCCCUUUCACAGUCUCCAUCUAUCUUAAUUCUUAUCUGGGGCCACGAACGAAAACGAAGGAACGGAUAAAGAGAGCAAGCGAGAAUUCUAUCGCUCUCAUUUCUGUGUUUGUUGUAGUUGGCUGUUUGUGCGUGAGCAACAAUGGGUAGAUAGGUACUCUAGACUAGAACCCAACUUCGACCUUCACCUCUCUGAAAAAUGGCAUCUUUGGCUCAGCAAUUUGUAGGCCUUAGAUGUCCAUCUCUCUCUUCCUCUAGCCUCUCCAAACCCUUCUCUUCAAGGCUCCAAAAGACUUCCUUUUCCCCCAUCGUUUCUGCUGUGGCCAUCUCAAAUUCCCAGACUAGAGAGAGACAGAGGCUAAAGGAAAUUUUUGAAGAAGCUUACGAUCGAUGCCGUACUGCUCCGAUGGAAGGCGUAUCAUUCACAGUGGAAGAUUUCCAUGCCGCACUCGACAAGUACGACUUCGAUUCCGAGAUUGGCACCAAGGUCAAAGGGACGGUAUUCUGUGUAGAUGCUAAUGGAGCACUAGUUGACAUUACUGCAAAAUCUUCGGCCUACCUACCUGUCCAAGAGGCAUGUAUCCAUAAGAUAAAACAUGUACAAGAAGCAGGCAUUGUUCCUGGCCUACGAGAAGAGUUUGUAAUUAUUGGCGAGAAUCAAGCUGAUGAUAGCUUGAUCUUGAGCUUACGCUCAAUUCAGUAUGACCUUGCAUGGGAGCGAUGUAGACAACUUCAGGCUGAGGAUGUGGUCGUCAAGGGUAAGAUUGUUGCUGGAAAUAAAGGUGGAGUGGUAGCAGUUGUGGAGGGCCUUCGGGGAUUUGUUCCAUUUUCACAGAUAUCAUCUAAAUCAACAGCAGAAGAACUCCUGGAUAAGGAACUUCUGCUGAAAUUUGUGGAGGUUGAUGAGGAACAGUCAAGACUUGUCUUCAGUAACCGCAAGGCCAUGGCUGACAGCCAGGGGCAACUUGGGAUUGGAUCAGUUGUUACUGGAACUGUGCAGAGUCUGAAGCCAUAUGGUGCCUUCAUUGACAUUGGUGGGAUUAAUGGCCUUCUCCAUAUCAGUCAGAUCAGUCAUGAUCGUGUUUCCGAUCUCUCUACUGUCCUUCAACCUGGUGACACCCUAAAGGUCAUGAUACUGAGCCAUGACCGUGAGAGAGGCCGUGUGAGUCUGUCUACCAAAAAGCUAGAACCUACACCUGGAGACAUGAUUCGCAAUCCAGAGCUUGUUUUUGAGAAGGCAGAGGAGAUGGCUAGGACAUUCAGACAGCGAAUAGCCCAAGCAGAAGCCAUGGCCCGUGCUGAUAUGUUGAGAUUCCAGCCAGAGAGUGGAUUGACCCUCAGCUCUGAUGGUAUCCUAGGUCCGCUUACAUCGGAUUUGCCAGUUGAAGGCCUAGAUUUGAGUGAUGUCCCUUCAUCUGUAGAAUCCUAACUGAAAGUACACAGAGGCUGGGAAGGUUGUUACUUAAAAUAUUCAGUAAAUUUGGUUAUUUCUCCUUACAUCCAUUGUGGCAUAAAUUGCAAGAUUGAGUUAUGGAAGUUAACGAUACCAUCCUCUCCUCUUUCCUGUUCUCAACUGGGCUAUCCAGAAAUAGGAGCUGGGAGAGGAAGAAAUGUCAGUCAGAGUCUGAAAUAUUUUCUAGAGAGUUUUAUAAUAGUAGUACUAGCCAAAGCCAAAAGGGUGGGUGUUUGCUUCUGCUGUUACCUCUUGGAAAUCAAGAUGCUCUGGUUGAAGUUGCACGUUCAGUUUGAUACUGAUAUCAACUUUUAAUAUUGUCAGGCUUGAACCUAACGGUAGGAAUGUUUUGAUCCGUUAUUGCUUAUCCUGCAGUCACCCAAUUUCACAUGAUAUUGAAAUCAAAUUACUGCCGAAUUUGAUCA